AAACGCUGAAGUUGCUUUGGUCAGCAAAUUGUCUUAAUUGUGUUUCUGCGUUUGCUCUGACUAUGGUUUCUAUUUGUGGUGUUGUAUAUUUUUACUUGCAUUCAUACCUGAAUAUUACUUUUUAACAGAAUGUUUACUUAUAUUGUUCAUUUUUUGCAUUUUAUUAUUGGAUAUUUGUUGGCCAUGUAUAUUCAUUUUAUGCCUCAGAACAGGUUCACAAAAAAGAUAUGAAAUGUUUUUAAUACUGGAUUAACACGUUCACUUGCUCCGGAUAAGCCUGUAAAGGUAUAAAAAAUGCAUUUAACAUACGAAAUGCAUUUUCCAGAUUUCAAAAUGAAAAAGCCUCUUACACAUCUUCAGUCCAGAUACACUGCAGCAUUUUGUUUCUUAUUGAGACCAAAAAAAGUGAAUACAUGAACACGCGUGUCCAAAACAGCUGGAAAAGUGUUCCUUAAAACAUAUUGUGUGAUAAUUAUUUUGUCUGGAUGCUCUGAUUAUAAAUCAUUUACUUUAACCACUACAGUAUACACUAUACAUUUAACAAAACCACUUUGUUUGUUCUUGAAGAAAAUGCAUUUAAACACAGCAGGAUAUGUGCGGGUCUGAGGGCAAUAACGUCUUUUUAAUAUCUUCCUUUUCUUCCCAAAUACAACAGCACAACUCUUAUACACCUGCUAACCACAAGUUAUGAGGCAGCUCACACCAAACCAAACUCUCGCCAAAUAUAUGACUAGACUCGUGACUCACAAAGAGACUACAUAAGAAAGGUGGUCUGCAAAAGAUGUUUAUUCGUCUUUCAAAAUUGCUAAGAAGUGUUUCACAGACAAUAAAUGCAUAAAAUAACGUAAGGUGUAAUGUUAAUCAUGAAGAAUUCCUCCAGCUGUAUAUUAUGUAAAGUUGCAAACGUUAAUGACGUAAAGCAUACGACAUGUCUAACAUCUAAGAGUCCUUACGGUGAGAAGGCGUCACUGGACAAUUGUGUAAUAAAGCCGUAUAUAAGUCCCUCUGCAGAGAUUUCUCAGGACGGGACGGCUUUUGUCUGCAGUAUAAACACAGAAGCUCCAGAGAAAUGCCUCAUCCCAAAUGAUCCGCGAGCUCUCAAAGGAAAGAAAUGGGUGGGGUGACUCCUUCAGGAGCACACGCACGUCCCACGACCUCUCCUUGUGUCCACGAUCCCUACAAAUACUCAAGUCACGCUUCACAUACCUCCAUUAUUCAUGUCUACAUUUAUUUUCCCUUUCAAAAUGAUUUAUCAACUCUCUGGACUAAUUUUGCUUUUGCUGGAUUCAUCGUUAAUCUGUGGUCAAACAACACAGAAGAACAGCGUAGCAUUUGAAGGUCAAACAACACAGAAGAACAGUGUAGCAUUUGAAGACAGUAACGGCACAUAUGAGGACCAAGAGGAUUUUCAGGAUCAAGAACUUUACCAUCAUUAUGUUCACUGUGAUGAUGCAGUCAUGAUGGAGAUUGGAGAGAAAAACUGCUGCGUCAACUUCAAUGCGAGCAUGACUGAACUCGGAGUGGAGAACUGGUGUAAUGUGGAGAAGAUCGUGAGUUACCACGAGUUAACCGAGUGUUUGGAGAGAACGUCCAGGGUCGCCAGGUGUUAUUACCCCAAUCGUGUGGUGGAGCAGCUGUUCGUGGCGAUACAUCAGCGACACUUUCACUCGUGCAGUGAUGAAGAGGAGUUACCCGACGCCCCGGCCGGAGUGGUGCUCGCUGCAACCCUGUUGCCCAUCAUCCUCAUUCCCUUCAUAGUGUACGUCGUGGUCUGGAAGAGCAGUUUAAGAGACUAACGGUUUAUGCAUCAUGCCUCGGCAUCCUCUGAGUGUGUGUGUGUAGAUGAAGGGUCAAAGUGAAACUGGGUGUAAGUUCAUGUUCUUCACAAUAAUGUGAGUAUUGUAGCAUACACAAACUCAGUGGGCUGGAAUGGUUCACACACUAAUGACUGAGCCAGAAUGGAUACGGCAAAAACAGGAAGGGUUGCUCACGAUCAAGCCGAAGAUAUGCCUUAUAAAAAAUAAGUGUACUUAGGCAAAGUUCAAAUUCAAGUAUACUUUUUGUAGUAUGUACUAGUACUAGUAUUAGAAAAUGUACUUCAUGUAUUUAGAUUUUUAAUUAGGUCAAAAUUUAGUUUAUAAAUGUGUACUUUUAGGUAUACUUUAAGUAAACAUUGAGUAACGAGUUUACUUUACUUUCUUAUUUGCAGUUUACUUAUAGGACACUUGAAUAUUUCGUUUUUUUACUUUAAAAGGGCAAGUAUGUUUUUUAAAAAUAAAUGAAUCAAUUAAAUAAAGUGAAAAAUAUUGAACUAAUUUGUGAAUUCAAACAAUUGUGACUUGUAAUUAUAAAAUCUAAUCAACAUAAAAUAAAUAGAAACAGCGAAUUCAUUUACAAGAUUAGAAUGUGAAAUAGAAUAAUAAGAGAUAAUUUAUUAUUUGGUUUAUGUUUUACCAUGUUCUUUACCAAAUUUUAACAUAAUUUACAAUAUGUUUUACACACAUCCUAGACUUUAUUCUGUGUACAGUAGUUUAUUAAGUAUAUGAUAUGUAAUGUCUUGAGCUCUGAAUGAUGCGGUCUUGUACACAUGUGGUUUUGUAAGUAGUUUAUGUAAUUGUUUUUAAAAGAGAUUUGUUGGCUUUCAACACUUUCUUUGACAUGCAAACCACAUACAAAUGCAAGCACACAAAUGUAUGUGUUAUGUUUAUGCUUUGGCUAUGUAAACAUGCUGCAUUGUUUGUCAUUAAAAUAUUAUAUUUUUGUCUGUGUUGAAAUUCUUUAUCACCUUAAAAUGCAGAGACAACUACAGUCAUUUCUAUGUAGCUUUUUCUAAAAAAGUGUACAAACUGCGGCACAAUCCUCCGUUCGUUUUCCAGACGUUCCAGCAGCAACCCAACA